CAGGUGGAGGAGUGGAAUCCUAAAUUGGUAUCUAUCGAGCGCAAUGCUAAAGCUAAUUCUCGCGUACUUUUAUUCGUCAUCGAUCCAUCAAAGUCACGUGGUCUCGCUAGCAUAAUUGAAGCUGCUUUUCUCGCUGGCCGAGGUGCAAAUUUGGUUCUUGUGGUCCCAAAUAAAUAA